AUGCCAUCUCUAGCUGAUCUUGAAACAAACUCAGGUGGUUCUAGCUUUGAAGUAUUCAUAGUUAAUAGAACAAUUGAUCCUGCCCUGGACGAGCUGGUGCAAAUUGCACACUGUAUAGCAUUGGACUGCCCUGUCUCUAAGAUUGAAAGAAGUACAGAAUUAAGGACAUCUCUUCACACAAGUGUAUUACCUCUUGGGUCCUUAGAUAUUGGGCUCUCUAGGCAUCGCGCUUUACUUUUCAAGAUAUUAGAAGACAACAUUCAGAUGCCUUGUAGACUGGUUAAAGGUAGUCAUUACACUGGUGUUGAGGAUGAUGCUGUCAACAUUAUAAAAUUAGAUGAUGAAAGGGAGUUUUUAGUUGAUCUCAUGGCUGCUCCUGGAACACUCAUCCCAGCUGAUAUUUUAAAUGCGAAGGAUAAUGCCUUUAAGUCUUACAACCCCAAGAAUGUGCCAGAGUCAGAAGGGAAACCAGACUUGAAUUGUGUUACAACUAGGACUGGGAAGCGAUCUAGGCCAUGUAGUUGGAAGAGGCGUAAAUGCAAAAAGCAGAAGCAAUCAACUGCUGAAGAUGUUGAUCUAAAUAUUCAAUGCAAGUUGCUUCCAAAUAAUACAGAUUGCAUGCUUGCUAAUCAACAGUAUGUAAUCAAUGGGAAGCUUCAUCAAAAAUCUAAUGAUAUAUAUUCAAGGUUUACAGAAACACAUAAGCUAGAAUCCCUGCAUUCUUUACUGGUGCAUGUAGAAAAUACCUCAGAGCAAAGACAGAUCCAGAUGAUUACUGCUUUACUUUUCCAAUUAAUUCAUUGUAGUGCUGACCUUCCUGAUGCUUUAAGACAAGCAUCGAGUAGUAAUUCUGUAUUGGAAAUCCCGGUUGAUGCUAGUUAUCAAGCUAAAUGCCGCGAUGCAGUAACAGAAGCCUGCUCCUAUUUUUGGACCCGUGUACUUCAGCGACUUGCAAGUGUAAAGACUCAGGAUGCUUCUGAAUUGAAAUCCACAAUGGAGAAUCUUGUUACUGAUUUAUUGACCACUCUAAAUUUACCUGAAUAUCCUGCUUCAGCUUCUAUUCUAGAGGUUCUAUGUGCCAUACUAAUUCAGAAUGCUGGGACAAGUUCCAAGGAUUUUGCUUCACGUUCCAUGGAAAUUGAUAUUCUUGGCACUAUUGCGGCAAGGUUGAAGCAUGAUGUUGUGAUUUGUAGCCAGGAAAAGUUUUGGGUACUUCAAGAUUUACUUAGUAAGGAUGCUGCUCCUCAGAAUUAUCCGAAAGAUACAUGUUGUGCCUGUUUGGGUGGAAGGGCUGAAAAUUUGUUCCCAUGUUCCGGCUGCAGUAGGCUUUUUCAUGCUGAAUGCCUGGACAUUGAAGAAGAUGAAGUUCUCAAUCAGAACUGGUACUGUCACAUGUGCAUCUGCUCAAAGCAACUGGCUGCUGAAGGAAUUGUUUGUAGGACAGAAGCUUGA